UCUCCGCUCCUCCUUCCUCUAGAUUCUAGGGUUUCUCUUCUUUAUUUUCUGGGAGCCCCAUCUCUCUAGUUCGCUCCCUCUCUCCAUUUCUCUAUCUUAUUACUGUUUUCACUGUAGCCCAAGAGUUCAUAUGUCAGCGCUACCAGCUCCCUAAGGUUUCUAAUUUUCUUGAUUAUUGAUUUCUCUCAUUCUUUCACUAUAAUACUCAACAAAUUUCAUCGUCUACUUGAUGGACAAAAUUGAGAUUCAUGAGAAAGAUUCCGAAGAAGCUGACAAUUCCUGCAAGAAUGCGCCAAGAAAUUCAGAUGAGACUGUCGAUUUGAAGAGCUUGGAGGAAGAUGCUCCCAAAAAGGCCGAGGUUUUCGACUCGAUUAUUGAUGUUUCCGGGAAAAGUUUCGACUUUCCUGUGUUGGAAUGCGAAGGAGGGGAAGUGGAGGGUUUGUAUGUGUACAAGAAUACAUUCAAUUUGAUCCCGAAAGCGAGUGGGGGCCUGGGGAGACUGAAGACGCUCAAAUUCUUUGCCAACGAUGUGAAUUUGUUCCCUCCUGGGGAGCUGAAGAACUUAGUUGAGCUCGAGUGCUUGCAAGUGAAGGUGGCGUUGCCGGGCUUGACUGGGUUGGAUCUGCAGAAGCUCAAGGGCUUGAAAGAACUUGAGCUCUGUAAAGUACCCUCAAGGCCUUCGGCUUUCCCAAUUUUUAGAGAUAUCACAGGGCUUAAGCGGCUAACAAAGCUCUCUGUUUGCCAUUUUUCCAUUAGAUUCCUGCCCCCAGAGAUAGGCUAUCUCAUCAAUCUGGAGUACCUAGAUAUUUCAUUCAAUAAGAUGAGGAAUUUACCAACUGAAAUAACAUAUCUCAACUCAUUAUUAUCACUGAAAGUUGCCAAUAACAAAUUGGUUGAAGUUCCGUCAGGCUUGUCUUCUCUACAAAGACUGGAGAAUUUGGACCUUUCUCACAACAGAUUGACCUCCUUGGAAAAUCUUGACCUUGGUUUAAUGCAUAAUCUUCAGAGACUCAAUCUUCAGGAUAAUAGACUUCUCCAGUGUUGCGAUAUACCAUCUUGGAUAUGCUGCAAUUUGGAGGGAAGUUGCAUAGAUGACUUGUUCAAUUCAUCUUCAGAAAUGGAUGUUCUUGAAGAGACUAAUGGCAGUACCCAACAUGGCUCUUCUAUUGCGUCAUUGUCUCAUUUAACUGGCUCAGCACCAAAUAGUAGAUGUUUUGGGCCACGAAAAUCAAAGCGGUGGAAACGGCGGCAGUACUUGCAGCAGAGGGCACGCCAAGAACGACUGAAUAACAUCAGAAAGUGGAGAGUGGAAAACCAAUCCUCAAUUCAACAAACUUCAAAAGAAUGUGGUGCUUGUGAACAUUCUGGAUCCACCACUGUGGGUACUGGUUCUAGCAAGGAGGAGAUUUCAUCUCAUUCUAACAACAUAAAUUCACUCAUUGAUGAUAUUGACUUGAAGAAGGAUAGUGUAGAAAAAUGCUCAUGUGUUGUUCCUAACUCCAUUAUAAUUUGCAAAGAGGUGAAGGAUAGCUGUAUUGAAAGUGAUAGAUCAUUAGAAUCUUUUUUAAAUGCUGCUAGUGCAGAGGAUGAAGUUUCGUCUGCUGGAGUUUGUGACAACCCUUCAAAACCAAAAAGGCAUUUUGAUGGGGUUCUUGAAAAUCCAAAGCCAAGAAAAACUCGAAGACCAACCAAUCCUGAUGAUUUAUCACGGAAAUAUAGUGAUCUAUCAUUUUGUAGCACUGAUGAUCUCCUGCCUGAUGGUUUUUAUGAUGCUGGACGAGAUCGACCAUUUAUGCCACUGAGCUUUUUUGAUCAAAAUUUGCAACUCAGUUCACGAGAAGUCAUUCUUGUUGACAGGCAAAGAGAUGAAGGGUUGGAUUCCAUAGUAAUGCGUGCUCAGGCAUUAGUAUUUCGUUUUAGGCAGAUAAAUGGUUUGGUCAAGGAAAGAGGACAUGUGGCCAUUGAUCACCUUCAAGUUGCAUCAUUGCUUGCGCUCUUUGUGUCUGAUCAUUUUGGUGGAAGUGAUAGGAGUGCUGUUAUUCAGAGGGCAAGAAAAGAUGUAUCUGGUUCAAACUAUAGGAAACCUUUUGUCUGCACAUGCUCUACUGGAAAUGCUGACAGUAUGAAUAAGGCCACGGAGCAAAGUCUGAACAGUGUACAGGAUAUUUUUUUGCUUGAUCUUUGUGAGAGAUCUCUUCACUCCAUCAAGUCAAGGCAAAAUUCUGCUGUUGUUCCAAUUGGUAGUUUGCCAUUUGGCAUUUGUAGACACAGAGCUUUGCUUAUGAAGUAUCUUUGUGAUCGGAUUGAGCCUCAUAUACCUUGUGAGCUUGUUAGAGGGUACUUGGAUUUCUCUCCUCAUGCCUGGAAUGUCAUUGUUAUUGAGAGGGGUGGCAGAUUGUUUCGGAUGAUAGUUGAUGCAUGCCAUCCCCAUGACAUUAGAGAAGAAACAGAUCCAGAAUACUUUUGCAGGUAUGUUCCCAUGAGCCGGGUCAAUUCUCCUCUUAAACCUGCUGGCAAUUCUGCUUCAGGUUCCUUUCCUGCUCUAUCUGCUUCUGAUGAAGUUGGGAAAGUCGCUUCUACAACUCUAAUCCAAUGUAAACUGGGAUCACUAGAGGCUCUGGCAAAGGUGCGAACUUUAGAAGUACAAGGAUCAUCAAUUGAUGAAAUUCGUAGUUUUGAAUUCAAUUGCAUAGGGGAGAUUAGGAUGUUGGGAGUUUUGAAGCACUCCUGCAUUGUAGAGAUUUAUGGUCAUCAAAUUUCUUCAAAGUGGAAUCAAUCAGCUGACGGAAAUACAAACUGCCGCCUUUUACGGUCUGCCAUUUUGAUGGAACACGUUAAAGGGGGUUCGUUGAAGAGCUAUUUAGAGAAAGUUUCUGGAGCUGCCGGUGAGAAGUGUCUACCAGUCGAAUUGGCACUAUUUAUUGCCAGAGAUGUGGCUUCCGCCUUGAGAGAGUUGCAUUCUAGACAUAUUAUACAUCGUGACAUAAAAGCCGAAAAUGUUCUGAUUGAUUUGGACAAGAAGAGGGAUGACGGUACACCUACGGUAAAGCUAUGCGACUUUGAUAGAGCAAUCCCCCUUCGUUCUUACUUGCAUUCAUGCUGCAUUGCACACACUGGAAUACCUCCACCCGAUGUUUGUGUUGGGACACCUCGUUGGAUGUCUCCUGAGGUAUUUCGAGCAAUGCAUGAGCGCAACAUGUAUGGAUUGGAAGCUGAUAUCUGGUCAUUUGGUUGCCUACUCUUGGAAUUAUUAACUCUUCAAGUUCCAUAUGCCGGAUUGCCUGAAUCCGAUAUUCAUAGUUCUCUUCAGAUGGGAAAACGGCCAAAAUUAACAAAAGAGUUGGAGGCGAUGGUGGAAUCCAUGGAAAAGUUGGAGGAAUUGACGGCUUCUGAUUCCGGGACUGAUCUAGACGACGGGCCUCAAAGUGAGUCGGUUCUUUUAAGAUUUCUUGUUUCUGUAUAUUAUUGGUGUACAGAGAAGAAUCCAUGUGACCGCCCAACGGCUGAGAGCCUUCACAAUGUCUUGUUAAACCGAGCUUGCUCAGUAAUUAAUAAUAGCUCAAGAAGUAGUAGUAGUAGUAGUAGCAGUAGCCCAGAGGAAUGAUAGGUUGAGAUUUUUAAUGAAAGCAUUAAUUGGUUGCGAGUUCCAAAUUUUUGUAGUCCUAGGGAGUUGCUGCAUUAGACAAUUUAGGACCAAAUAUUUGGGUAGUUCCCCCAAUGAGUGCUGUAAAAUAUUAUAUUAAUUAGUUUAUUUAGGACUCUAUUGAACUUGCCCUUGUUCUCAAUCCAUGCUUGACAGUUGAACCAAAAUAUGCACCUGGUUGGUUGCUCAUUUCAAAGGAAUAAAAAUAUUUUUACUUUCAA